UUUCUCUCUUCCACUGGAAGAGCUAAGCUCCCCUUAGCCAGUCAGCCUGCCCUUAUUUAAUUUGGAGUGUGAUUUUGCUAUUUUUAGCUUCUGGAUUCUCUCCAGUAAGAUUUAGAGGAGGCUUUUUUUCCCUCUUACUUUUUUAAUUCUGCAAAUGAUUUUGACCCAGCUUCCUUCCUCCUGGAACAUUUUUUAAAAAUUUUAUAUAAAUAAGAGGGGGGCUGUCUGCUUAUACGCUGUUUCUCUCUCUCUUUUUUUUUUUCCACUGCAAGUCUCCCUGCCUUCUGCUUCAGAUCUGCAAUUGCAACCAUCAGCAACCAGAAGGGGGGAUUAUUUUCAUUUCACCACAACACACAAGGAAAAACGUAUACAGAUUCGCGAAUAAGAGUAAUUAGAGAAGAUGAGUGAAUCCAGUGCAAAAUCAAGUCAGCCCCUGUCUGCUAAACAAGACAAGGAUGUUUCAGAGAAGAGAGGACGAGGUCGGCCCAGGAAGCAACCCCAGCAAGAACCCAGUGAGGCACCAAUACCCAAGAGACCACGUGGUAGACCAAAGGGGAGCAAAAACAAGGCCACUUCAAAGGGAAGGAAAGCUGCUGUAACAACACCUGGAAGGAAGCCUCGAGGUCGACCGAAAAAAACAGAGAAAGAUGAAGAAGAGGUCAACAUCUCCCAAGAAUCUUCAGAAGAGGAACAAUGAGAAUAGCCAACUGAUUCUACCUCACAGCUCAGUUUUCCUAUUUCUUGUCAAGUUUUGGGACUGAGGAAAGAGCGAAGAAUCCUCACCCUUUUCCUGACCUGAUCUCUCCAACGUUCACACAGUCAAAACAGCAACACUAGGGUACAGUGUAAAACAGAUCAACCAUCAUAUUUGAUGUGUAAUGUUUAAUGGGAGAACUUUAUAUUUUGUUUUCCCCUCUCAUUUGACAGGGUUAAGAGUUUAGCCUACCAAUUCAUGUAGUUCUGUAUUAUAUCUGUUUUUUGAUCUAUUUCUCCAGAACACUCCUUAUCGAGAAAGGGGUUUAUAAAUCUUUAUAGUGACCACUUACUUAUUCAUGUUGAAAAGAGUGGACAGCCUAGUUCUUCCUUAUCAAUCCUAAUUUCCACUUCAGAGAGACCAUAAUACUCUCCAAAAGGAUAACUUGGCACUGGCAGAAAGUUUGCCAAGGAGGAUGAUUUGAGAGCAUUGGGAUGAUUUUAUUUUUUUCUGGGAAAUGAGUAUAAUGGGAUAAAGGCCACAACAUUAAAAGGAUGGAUACAUUAUUUUUUCCUACUGUAAGGUAUUUGCAAGAAUAAUUGAGAGGAAGUUAUUCUGCCCUUUUUGCCCAAUUUCCAGUAGUUCAAGAAUAAUCUAGUGCUUUGCAAUGGUCUGUGUAUUCUUGUUGACAACAUGCUGCCCUGCCCCAAUCAGCUGCCUUAAGGCCAGAGCAGUUACAAAUGCAUAGGCUAAGGUGUUUGGGGUGAAUCUGACCUAAAUUCUCAUCUUUUCCCCAAUAACCAGAGAUCCUUUUCUCUCCCCCCCCCUUUUCCCCCAUUUUUCCAUCUCAAUCUGUCCCCAGCUGCCAGUGCACAAAUGGAGCUUACAACUGAAAUGUUUUUCACUUGGUGCUCAGUCAUUCUGCACAGAAAUUAUAUUGAACAAGACUUUGCCAUGACCAAGGAAAGCAGGAUGGCAAAAUUCUCUCCCUUUGUGGUCUCUCUUUGGGUUUUUGUGAUUUUUCUCCUUUGGAAAUAGCACAGUUAGCAGUUGACAGUUGUUUUUGCAAUAUAUAUUGUCUGUCAAGGUUUUCCUUCUUCAUUCACAACUACCUCUGGAUACGUUUUGAGUUUCAUUCUCUUAAAACAUAGAUUGCUGCUGUUUGUUGCUGCUGUACUGAUUACAAAGUUUUAUUUCAACAGGUUCUGUCUGGUUUUUCUCUGGAACUGACAUGUUACACUAUAGAUAAUUUCAUUUCAGUUGACUUUUAAAACUAUUGUGCUAUUAAAAAGGGAUAAAAGCU